AUGGAUAAACCCCAGGAAGUGGCAACUUUGGCAGAGGGGCGAAGAUUAUACUUAGUUCAAGGCCAGAGGUUUGAGGUAGCUAAGUCUUACAAACUAAUAAAACUGGUUGGAUGCGGUGCAUAUGGUUCUGUUUGUUCUGCAAUAGAUGAGGGUAGCGGCGACCGUGUGGCUAUUAAAAAAGUAUCUCGAGUCUUUGCCGAUAUAAAAGAAGGUAAACGCAUAUUAAGGGAGAUGGAUAUUUUAACAACUCUCCAUCACACCAACUUGAUACGUCUUCGGAAUUUUAUUCGUCCCUAUGGAAAGGAUGAUUUUGACGACAUUUACAUGGUGAUGGAUUUGUACGAUACAGAUCUGCACCGUAUUAUUCGUAGCAGACAAAAACUGACGAAUGAACAUUACCAAUAUUUUAUGAUUCAAGCUUUUCGAGGGCUUUGCUACCUACAUGGUGCGAAGGUUAUGCAUCGAGACUUAAAGCCAAGCAAUCUAUUGGUGAAUGCCGAUUGUGCUCUAGCUAUUUGUGACUUUGGACUUGCCCGCGAUGAUCAAUGGACAGUCUCAGAUGCCCUCACGGAAUACGUUGUCACGCGAUGGUAUCGUCCUCCUGAAGUACUGGGAAUGGGAUCACACCAGUACACGAAUGCGGUGGACGUUUGGAGUCUGGGGCUUAUUUUUGCUGAAUUAAUGGUGGGCAAAACAUUAUUGCCCGGACCCGAUUACAUUCGUCAACUCAUUAUGAUUUUGCAUUUGCUCGGGAC